AUGGACGCGACGCUGCGCCGCAACUUUGCGCUCGUCGACGCUGGCUUCUGCUUCGUGGCGAAACGCUGUACGUCGCCGACGGUGCAGAGUGUGCUGCGUGUGGCCAACAGCUUUGGCAGUCCGACGCAUCUCACGCGACAGCACGUCGUGGAACUAGCAGCGCAUGCGCCGGACCUCCUUAUUUUAGGUCCUCGUGACCCGACUCGGUCACGAGCACUAGCCGAUCUGUAUGGUCCGAGUUUCGACCAGGACAACGGCCUCGAAGUUGUGACAUUUCCAUUGGUCCCACAGACGAGCCAACGUGCAAGUGCUAAACGAAAACGUCUGUUUGACGCAGCGUUGCAAAAACGGGACGAACAACGGGACAAGUGUCUCGUGACGGAGACGAAAGUGGGUGCACAAGUACUACAGGUCGACGAGGACAGAGAUCAGCAAUUCGAGACGAUGGACCAGCCCGUUGAUGACAAACGACACAAUGAGUGGCAGUCGUCGAUACUGAACGUGUUGGAGCAAACGGACUUGUACGCGAAUCAAAUCGUGCAUGUCGAGCGUCGUCACUCGUGCGAAGCUCAGUAUCGCCCUCUUGGACCAUUGCAUCUGUCCCCACGAGUAUGUGGAGCUCUCGAGAAGUGCUACGGCAUUACACAGCUGUACUCACACCAGUUUGAAGCCGUUGAAGCGAUCGGUCGUAGUGAAAAUGUCGUGCUGUCUACAACGACAGCGAGUGGGAAGUCGCUUGCGUACAACAUGUCAAUGUUGGAAAUGCUGCUCGAAGACGCAAAAGCGACGUUCGUGUACCUUUUCCCGACGAAAGCGUUGGCGCAAGAUCAGCUCAAGUCGUUACGACGAUUAUUAGAAGCUGCCGAACUACCGCUCCAUCUUGGCGCGACGUUUGACGGUGACACGCCCAUGAAAAGUCGAUCGAUGGUAAUUCGGGAGACGCGGAUAUUCUUGACCAAUGUAGACAUGCUCCACGUGACAAUUCUUCCGCAGCAUCGGCACUGGAAGCGGGUGUUUUCGAAUCUCAGAUUGUUGGUUGUCGAUGAAGCGCACAUGUACCGCGGUGUGUUUGGAUCGCACGUUGCUUGUGUAUUCCGUCGACUGUUCCGCUUAUGUGCGCUAUAUGGCUCAAACCCGCAGGUGGUUUGCUGCUCAGCUACUAUACAGAACCCAGAGACACAUUUUCGACAACUAAUGCCGCGGCUUCCGCCCCAGCUUGGUGAAUCGGUAUCCACAUCAGUCAAUGACACAACUCGAGGGGAUUUGGAGCACGACCUUGGACCACCUAGCCUGCAUUUCUUUCGUCACCGACCGUUAAGAGUGAUCACAAAAGACGGAGCGCCGACUGCGGAGAAACUGUUCUGCAUUUGGAAUCCGAAGGUAUCGUGUAUGAAGAACUCGAACGACACUCGGAAAGACGAGCAUGCGUAUUGUGAACCCGACUUUUCACGACAUGCGACGUCCCGAAAUGCGCUGCCGCGGAUGGGGCAGACGACACGAAAGCGUAAACGCACGGAUAGUGUAAGUAUAACAAACAGAGCAGAAAGAAGAAAUGAAUGCCAGGAAGUAAACGCUCGUGCUAGUACAAGCGCGAUCUUUCAGGGCUCUCGGAUCCUUGCUCGUUUGGUGGAAGCCGAAAUCGCCACGCUUCUGUUUUGUCGAAGCCGAAAGCUGACUGAACUAGUUCUUAUGGGUGUUCACUCGAUUCUACGAGCCGACCCCAAGACUCGGCAUUUGGUUCGUCGAGUCAGCUCCUAUCGUGGUGGGUAUACACUGGAAUCGCGGCGACGGAUUGAGCAGAGGCUGUUUAGCGGAGAUUUGCUUGGAACCGUGGCAACGAACGCACUAGAGCUAGGUAUUGACGUUGGCGAAUUGGACUGCACGAUACAUCUUGGACUUCCAUCGAGCGUCGCAUCUUUGUGGCAACAAGCUGGUCGUGCAGGUCGCCGACAGCAGCAAUCCGCACAGAAACAAGCCGUUGCGGUCAUUGUGUGCUUCGAUUCACCGCUAGACCAGUACUUUGCACAGCAGCAGCACGCCAAGGAGCUUUUCCAGCUGAAUCCAGAAGCUGUGAGUUUGAACCCGCUGAAUCGCCGCGUUCUCGGACAGCACAUGUUGUGUGCUGCCCGUGAGUCAGCCCUAUACUCGUCACAUUCUGGAACAGCUUACAUUGAUGCAUUCGUUUUCGGAAGACUGGGCGACGGCAAAUGCGGCGGUAGCGACAGCAAUGGACAUGUGGUUGCGUCUGAAGUGCUACAGUCGCUUGUAAAGGAAAACAAACUAAUGGAGUGUUUGGAGUCAGGCAAACGCGCGAGCUAUCGAGUGCAUUCGUGCAUGCCGAAAAAGUUUCGGGCUGUGAGCUUGCGCAGUAUCUGUGAUGAGAUUUACACUGUGGUGGUUACGACAAGUAACGCUGUUAUCGACGGAGCUAACGGGGAGGUGCUGGAUGAGAUACCAGGGGACAAAGCCUUUUUCCAAGUGUACCCCAAGGCGGUGUAUCUUCACCAGGCUCAAGAGUACGUGAUUACUCGAGUGGACAACGACCUGCGCAUAGCGUUCGCAAUGAAGUGUCUCGAGCCGCUCACGUACUUCACAUCUUGCCGUGACUCUACGGAUCUUGAGGUCGUCCGUAUACACAACACCACGCGGCUCGAGCAUGGCAGCCAAAAUGCGAAACGCGACUGCGUUCUGCUCGGCGUCGGCACUGUCUCUAUCCUGACUCGAGUGUUUGGGUCAACGAUGCUGGAAAAGCGUACGAUGCGAGUUCUAGGGUCAAGCGAGUUUUCCUUGCCUCCUAUGCAAUCAUUUGGAGAGGCUGUAUGGCUCGAAUUUCCUGCUACACUGCGGCAGCAAGUUGAAGCCAGGGAAGGCGCAUCGUGGACCGCGGCAUUGCACGGUAUCGGUCACCUUUUUGUGGCACUGGUUCAUCUGUUUAUACUUUGCGACGCUGAAGAUGUUGGCACCGAGCAUGUCAACGAGUUCGAGCGGCGUGUCAAACCAAAUCGCGUGACAAUCUACGAGAAGCGCGAGGGAGGAUGUGGAUUAGUUCCUGAAAUCGUGAAGGUGCUUCCGAAGCUGGUCGAAAAGUCGUGGACAAUCAUAAGUGAAUGUGGGUGCUCGGAAGGCUGUCCAGCUUGCAUCCAGUCAUCUGGUUGCUCCGAGUACAAUCAUGUGCUGGAUAAGCAAGGGAGUCUUCAAGUGCUCGACUACGUCCGCAAGAUCUUUAGACCUCAACGAGACGACAGUCUCCACGUGCUCCACGUGACAAUUCUUCCGCAGCAUCGGCACUGGAAGCGGGUGUUUUCGAAUCUCAGAUUGUUGGUUGUCGGUGAAGCGCACAUGUACCGCGGUGUGUUUGGAUCGCACGUUGCUUGUGUAUUCCGUCGACUGUUCCGCUUAUGUGCGGUAUACGGCUCGAACCUGCUUGCUGACGGUCAGUCGGCUAGUCGCUAG